GCCCCCCAAAACACCGCCGUCGCAGUGUCUCGCAAGCAAUAACCCAAGUCCACAAGAGCUUUUCGUUCCAUUGCCCACUCUUAUAUCUUGCGGAUAUUAUUAGUUAGCUGAACCAUGAGCGAAGGGAAGACACCAGAAGAACUAAAAGAACUUGGAAACAAGGCAUUCGCCAAUCAGAAAUACGAUGAAGCCAUUAAAUUGUACACGGAUGCCAUAAAGCUGGAUGGGAAUAAUCAUGUCUUUUUCUCCAACCGGAGUGCAUCGCACGGAGGCAAAGGUGAUUGGAAGGCGUCGGCAGAAGAUGCGAAAGAGUGCAUUCGUUUGGAUCCUUCUUUUAUCAAGGGGUAUUAUCGACUUGCCGCAGCACAAAUGGAGCUCAAAGAUUUUGAUGCCGCCUUGGCUACCAUCCGACAAGGAUUGGCAUUGGAUAAAGACAAUUCGCAGCUCUUGAAGCAAAUGAGGACUGUCAAGCACUUGAAGAAGGAAUCCCAAAAGACACCCAAUGACAAUCUACAAGCUGCCGAUUCCGGAGGACGCAUGGUAACGGGAGGAGGAAAGGCACUCGAUGCAGCCACACAGCGGGAAUUUCAGGAUUUGCAACUCCAAUAUGCACAAGCCAAUCGAGAAUUCAAUACCGUCAAUGCCAACACGGUCAAGACCCAACGAGAAUAUCACAUCAAUGAACUCACCAAACAAGAAUUGGAGGGAUUGCCACCUGACGCCAAUUGUUAUCGAUCCAUUGGAAAGAUGUUUAUGAAAUCUAGCAAACCUGGAGUCAUGGAACACUUGGAAAAGAGAAUGGAGGAGCAAAAGAAAAAGGAGGCGGACAUGACACAAAAGUUGGAGUAUUUGGAGCGCAGAAUCAAGUCCACGCAGAAAAAUAUGGAGGAACUAAUGUCGUCGUCGUAGUCAUGUGACCAAGGACACGCAAUACUACUAAUGAGGACGAAAAUCGUACCCGGAACUUGUGCCAACUGUGUACUUAGCAAAUCAUCUUUCUUUAUUCGGUGCCUAAGGAUAGCACAAGUGUCCUUUCGUAGCUGGCAACGAAACCAAAUUUUCAAGGUUGUGUGGCAAGCUACCGCCACCCUCAUAAUAGAGUAAACCUGGAGUAUUGCCAAGCUAUCAUCUGUUCACCCGUGUGGCUACCUGUAGAACUGUGGGAAGAUCGCUGAAAUGCAUGCGCGCUGCAGGUACGGAGUCCAUGCAAGCUCCCCCAACGUAAGCUGAACCUCCAGCAUGUCCGCUCUAGCUGGCUACUAGCUGCGGGCCACAGCUUCCAGUAUGUUUAUUUGCUUGUGCCGCUUGUUUUUGCGAAGAUAGAUGACGAGGGCAGUAGAGACAAAGUGAU